CAACAUACUAAUGACAGCUCAGUGAAAUCUGCAAAACUCUGCAAGCCUGGGAAGGAUUAUUUUUGUCGUCAUUCAAAAUUUUGCGUAUUUAAUUAUUAUAAAUGCCAAUUUCUUCCUAAUUCAUAUUGCUAGUUCAAAUACCACCAACCAGCUUCGAAAAUGACGACAAAAGUAUUACCUUCUGUGAAAAGUUUCGCACUUUCGCGAUCAUUAGUUCAGAUCCAACGACAUCCUAUUUUAUAUUCAACGUAUCGUGGUUUGUUCGAUUUUACUCCAAUAACGAAGACGAGGCGUGAAUUUGCACAAAAGAAACUGGGAGGGUAUUCUAUGGAUCAACUCUACAGCGUAGUUGCUGACGUCGAAAACUAUUACAAUUUUGUACCUUUCUGUAAAAAGUCCUACGUGUACGAUAAAAAACCAAGUUCACUGAAAGCAGACCUGAUUAUCGGCUUCCCACCUUUGAACGAAAGUUACACUUCCAAUGUGACAAUGGUGCGACCCACGUUGGUCAAGGCCGAAUGCAGGGACGGCCGCUUGUUCAAUUACCUCCUGACGGUGUGGCGAUUCAGCCCAGGACUGAAAGACAUCCCCCAGUCAUGCGUUAUUGACUUCAUGGUCGCAUUUGAGUUCAAGUCCGUACUUCACUCGCAGCUGUCGAAUCUGUUCUUUGACCAGAUUGUCAAACAGAUGGAACACGCCUUUAUUCAUGAGGCCGAGAAACGCUACGGACGACCGUCUAUCAAGAGUCACGUGUUGGUGUCGAACAAAUCGUGACACAGGAUUCCUCGGGCGGCUCGAAAAGAAGAAGGAGAAGAUGAAAAUUAGGAAAAGAAUUCAACGUGAAGGUUAUUUAUUGGAAGCAACCACCCUCUUCUUUGAGAAUGAAACCGGUGGCCCGUCGAAUAGCUAAUGAAUUUAUGUUUAUAAACCAACAUAGAAAGUAACAGGACUAUUUCCGUCGACCAGACAGGGCGAGAAUGAAUGGUAGCGUGCUUUGAUUAUGAUACUGAUUUGAAUACUGAAUGGGAGGAAUAUAUUUCAUUGGUAAGCAAUGCAGUAGGUGCGAGCAAGUAACAAUACCGAGUCUAGGUCAUGAAAAAAUAUUGAUAGUAUAAUUAUGUAAAAAUGGGGGAAAAAUCAAUUGUAAAUAGAAACAAAAAAACGUGAAACGUAAUUUAA